UGAUUUUCUUAUUUUUGAAUCUUCAUACAUACAUAUACAUACGUUCGUAUAUUAUUCUAUAUUUCUUUUCAUGAAUUUAUGAUUUCAUCGAUGUUUAUUGAACAAAUUAUAAAGUUCUGUUGAUAUCGGCAUUGCUUGUGUGCCUUGCAAUGACUUUAAUAAUAUUAGCAUGUGCGGUUCCACAGCAAAAAGUUUUUUGGCCGUUCUUUGUUGUUCUAUUUCAUAUGUUUUCGGUGAUUCCAAUUUACUUAGCAAUACGUAGAGGCUCCGACUCAACAGGAUCGGCGCCAAAUGCGUGCUAUGAGUUCGCGUUGUUUCUUACAGCUGGUAUCGUCUUAAGUACAUUUGCCUUUCCAAUAGUAUUGGCUAAAGCUGGAGUAAUUAUUCCAAUGGCAAGUUAUUUGACAAUAGCUGGAAGUUUGGUUAUUUAUAUAACAAUAUUUGGACAUGCAAUGCGAGAAGUUGAUGAAGGUUACGGAGGAAUGUUUUAAUUUAAAACCAUUUAAAUGUAAUUUUUUGUUAAAUUUAAUUUAAACACAUAAUAAAAAAGAUUCGUACAAUAUAUUGAAA